GCAUCCAAGCGCCUGCCAGCGACUGAAGCAGAGCGAGCUGCAACUGGAAAAUACAUACAAAUGACCAGGGAUAUAUGUGAUAUGCUUCGAAAUAGUUGAUUUGAACUUUUUGUAAAACGAAUUAAACGCAUUUAUUCAUUUAUUUAUUUAUUAUUAUUAUUAUUAUCAUUACUGUUCAAGCGUUGGGAGCAUUGGAGAUUCCGCGCGCAUGUAUCGAUUUAAAUAGCCUAUACAAUAAGUAGUCUAACCAUUCCAUGAGACUGAACUAACACUUCAGCUAAAGUUUGUUUUUAUUCAUCUUAAUGAAAAAGCAUCAACGUAGGUCCAAUCGUCUAAAGAGGAGCUGACACUUGUCCGUUUCUGCGCUACAGGCAAAAUUUGGGAUGCUGUAUUAGGCUAUAUCCAAUGCCUGCCUUUUUUGGUGACUUUUGUUUACUUGGAUCAAGGUUCUCUAACUUGUGGGGGAAGACAAGCUGAUUUUUGCCUCUCAUCGAAGACAGCAACGUGGUGACUGUAGGCUAGUCACAAAAUAUGGUCCACUGUGCUGGAUGCGAGAGGCCUAUUCUGGACAGAUUUCUGCUCAACGUCUUGGAUAGAGCCUGGCAUGCCAAAUGCGUGCAAUGUUGUGACUGUAAAUGCAAUUUAACUGAUAGAUGCUUUUCAAGAGAAGGACGACUCUACUGCAAAAGCGACUUUUUCAGACGUUAUGGCACUAAAUGCGGAGGCUGCGCGCAGGGAAUCUCGCCCAGUGAUCUAGUUCGGAAAGCGCGAAGCAAAGUCUUUCACCUGAACUGUUUCACCUGCGUCAUGUGCAAUAAACAGCUCUCCACUGGCGAAGAACUGUACAUUCUAGAUGAAAAUAAAUUUGUCUGCAAGGAGGAUUACAUGAAUAACAGCAUCGGAAAAGACACAAACCUUCUGUCAAUUGCGUGCAGUGACCCGAGCUUAUCUCCAGAAUCUCAAGAUCCACAGGACGACUAUAAAGACUCGGAGACUGGACACAUGUCGGACAAGGAGGUCUGCAGCAAUGAAAACGACGAGCAGAAUCUGGGGGGCAAACGUCGCGGGCCGCGGACUACUAUCAAAGCCAAGCAGCUGGAGACUCUGAAAGCUGCUUUCGCCGCCACCCCCAAACCGACCAGACACAUACGAGAGCAGCUGGCACAAGAGACAGGCCUCAGUAUGAGAGUAAUUCAGGUGUGGUUUCAGAAUCGGCGCUCUAAAGAGAGGCGCAUGAAGCAGCUGAGCGCGCUGGGCGCCAGAAGACACAUGUUCUUCCGCAGUCCGCGGAGAAUGAGAGCGCUGGGCGAUCGCAUGGAACCAGGAGAGCUCAUGGCCAGCGGCCAUUUCUCUUAUUAUGGAGACUAUCAAGGUGAAUACUAUGGCCCAGGAUCAAACUACGACUACUUUCCUCAAGGUCCACCAUCCUCUCAAGCCCAGACUCCAGGUGAUCUAGGAUUCAUGCCCUCCUCUGGCCCAGCUGGAACCCCUCUAGGGAGCAUGGACCACCAUCAUGGAGCCCAUCACCCCUCCAAUGAGACACAAUGCUUCAGCGAGAUGAUAUCGCAUCACCCAGGGGACUCUCCCAGCCCAGAGCCCAGCGCACCCACCUCCAUCCACAGUAUCUCCACUGACAUGUGUGACUCCACUCCACCCUUCACAUCCCUGAACUCUCUCAGUGGCAAUGGAUACAGCAAUCAACUCUCCUCAGAGAUGAGCGAGGGGACAGUCUGGUAGCAAACAACAGACUUAUUCAGGAUACAAAGAUGUGGAUAUGUACUGUUCAUGUGUGAUUUUCUAGCGACAAUAUUUCUAUUUAGUUAAUUUAUUGACAUAAUUGUCUAUUUAUUGGUUGAUUCGUUUACCGAUUUAUUUAAUGUAUUUAUCUAUUUAAGCACCAUUUGUGUAUUUUGAAAGUGGAAUGUCAAAUAUUGGUCUGCAGACCUUAUAGCUGUGCUAUAGAUAACGACAGUAUUAGAAAAGCUGAAACAGAAUGUUUAUAUUUACAACACCUGGUGUGUCUGUUCACAUGUGUAUCAUAAUCUGAUCACUCGGACCUCUUUGCCUUUUGAGGCUUUGCCAUAAUGACACUUGAAAUCAUCUCACACCAAAAUCUGUCACUGCUCUCCAUGUGGUGGAGUUAUGGCUCCAUUAUGAGUUCCACCAAAUCUCAGCGUUUGCCUUUAAAAGGGAAACUUAACACUGUUGGGACAAACCCUUUGUUUGAAAUGAAAUAUGACUUGAAUUAUAAGACAAAGUCUACCUUCUAAAAUGAUUUCAUAUAUCCUAGUCAGUGGACAGAGAGCAGUUAAUUGUUUACAUGUAUUUUCUUCAGGGGUUUAAAUAUCAACAAUGACUUUAAAAAAAAAAAAAAACCUCUUGAUACUGACACAAACUUUUUCUUCAAGCAAGAAACCAAACUUUUGUAUUAAUUCAAUUUAUAUUUGAGUUGUGAUUCACUGUACUAGUUUGUAUGAUAUUGUGUUUGCACAAAGAAUACACUAAACAAAACCAUAAAUACAUGUUGACAAA